UUUAAGUAAUUUCGUAUCGGAUGAUUACUAAGUUCACGAAGCAAUUAUUUGCACAGUUUAUUGUUGCAGUAUAUUGCACAUGUGGGGAUAUACGUUUUCUUUUCGCAUGAUGUUUUGUUUUAUGUAUCCGUUCGAUUUCACGUUGGAAUUAUAGUGAAACUAUCUGACUGUGAGUCAUUUCAUGGAACGUAUUUUCUAGCUGGGUAAGAUCUAGAAUAUUUGUUAUAGUCCUGUUACAUAUACAUAAUUUUUGCGCUUGUUAUUCGCGUCUUUGAAUAUUCAGUUCGAUCUACAAUUCAGAUACUCCAAUCUAGAUUAAAUAUCAGUUCAUUAUACAGAACAGUUCAAAAUUCAAGUAUUUAGCAUACACGAAAAUUUUAGUUACUUCAAUUCUACUGUUCUAACUUGACAGUUUUAUAUUUAACUUUCUCAUAUAAAGAAUUGAACGAAGUUUAAAAGUUUAAGGGACAAACACGGGGAGAUCGUGCAUUAAACAAGAUCCAUCGAUUUCGUGAGAUCGAGUCAGGUGGUGGUUCGACCAGGUGGGUCACGUGGUGGGAGAAACGCUUGGGUGGUGGUGGGUACCGACAAGGGAGAGGUUAGUAUGCCUUCAGAGGGGAAGGUCGACAGGUCGAUUGUCUCGCGUGUGUAUGAAUACGUAAACCGUCGACAUAAUAUUUUCAUAAUUUUGCUGAGUGUUCCACUAUGAUUGCCGCUCGAAAAAGUCGAUGUCGACGUGACGCGAAUAUCACCUUAUCCGAGAGAUAAUGGAACCAGAAAAUUUUCGGCUCGAGAGAUCAAAAUCGAGAUAAUUGUACCGGAUCGAAUUUGAACAGUGUUAGCGAACGUUUUCGUAGCGGAACAAGCUCGAGUAGAACAAAUUACUUUCAGCCAGAGUCUCGGAGGUGGGAGAAUCUCUACCUGGCUGGGAAGUACAGCACACGAUUCCGUAAUAUUUAUUUUCUACUGGCGGCUAGUGAGUCACUACCUGGCCGACCACGGUGCGGCGAGUUGGUCGCCUCGCGUGUCCGCGUCCCUUUCGGAGUGUUUAUGGCAAACAGUGAGUGCACCAGCCAAAAUUCCUGGAGUGAAUGCAUAAAAACAAUUCGUUAUCAGUGCAAAUUCGUGAUAAGAAAGAAGUACAUAAGCGUUUCGUGCGGACCGUCGAAUUCGAAGUGCUCGUAAUUAUGGACAUCGUAAGUUCGCUCGUUACGAAGAUAUUCCUAAUACAUGUGUCAGUCUAAUUUACUCGAGCGUCAAAAGGAAUUAGAGAUUUUGACAGUCAAGUGUAAUUCGUGGCGAUAGCGAUCGCAGUUUUACGCUGCAGCAGGUUUGCGUGCGUGCUGUACCUGGAAACGAACAAAGGACGGAGUAGAGGGGUUACGUUGGCAGUUUUUCGUGGCAAACAUUGUUGACUUUCUAUCGUAAAAGGAGGAAUCGUCCGUUUGCGCGCGUUGCAAACGGAGCAUAACAGAAUUAAUCCUGUAACAGUUUACCCUCGUUUCCAGUGCGUGGACAGAUAUGAAUCGCAUCGAUGUACGAUCGAUGCUACGAUACGAUAUCGAUCGACGCUAGCGUGCAAUCAGUUCCAACACAAUACCGCCGGUUUCGUCGAUUUGCGAAUCGAUCGCAGUGCGCGUGCGCGAUGUAUCGAACAAUCAACGAAAGCGUUCGAAAGCAAUACACUUGACGAAGAAAAUUAUGCCGGCGAGUGUGAUCACAGCUGAUCGUUUCCGGUAGUGAGAGACUGUUAACGAUCUACGGAAACCUGUUCCGAUGUUACGUGCACGGGGCAAGCAGAAAGAAAAAGUGAAGCAUUCGUCUUUUAUUGUCGCGCAGGUAGAAUUUAUCGACGAUAUUCGAAGGUGAACUGCAUGACUCAUUCAUGGAUUAUCGAUCGCUCAAUUAUUCCGUCGUGUUUUACGAAACAAUUUUUUAACUCGUCUUCAAGGAGAUUGGUUAUCAAAGUUAAAUACAAAGAAAGUGUAUUUCGUUGUGUAAUCGAUAUUUCCGAUCUCUCCUGUAUCGAUUCUCGAUUCGCUCGAACAAAAGGCGGGAAGUGAUAUGUUUCUCGAAGUAAAUCGAUCGCAACAUGAGUAUCGACCUGUGGCGCUGAAUCGACGUUGUACGUCCACUUGGGGCGUCCACGUUGACUAGCGUAUUUUUUUCAACGAACGUUACAAAUGAUGCUAACGCGUGGUUGCCCGACCACCUGGUGUCAUUACGAACGUUAAAGGUCACGCGUAGGUUGUACACGCGACAUUCGAGCGACAAUCGAACAACGUGGACGCCAUGCUGCCCAAAAAGGACGGCCAACCGGAGCCGUACGCUCUGGAGGACAUGAUCUCUGAUCUCCAGACGCGUCGAAAUUCUCUGGACCACGAGGAUCUUGAGGACCCGGUUGAACUUUUGAAGAAACGAGAUAGGGAUCUUGUGUUAGCCGCGGAAUUAGGCAAAGCGCUUCUGGAGAGGAACCAGGAGUUGACCAGGCAGAGCGAGGCCCUUGCCGAAGAGUAUUCGUCCAAGUUGGAGAGUCUGGAACAAGAGAGGCACCUGCUUCGUAGAAGGCUAGAAGAAGUCAAGGGCGAGAGCGAGGCCCGAACUUUGGAGCUGCAAACCGACGUGGAGACUCUGAGGAGCCAGUUGGAGGAGCAAAAUGAACGAGCGAGAAGAGCGGAACGAGAUCAGGCAACUUUGGUUACCGAGCUCACAGCUCAGAACGCGAGGCUGGCCGAUCAGCUGAGAGAAGCAGCGAAACAGGAAGAACAGCUGCUCAUCGAGGUCAAGGUGCUCAGGGAAAAGUGUGCCCUCAGAAAUACCACGCUCCAGGAUCACGUCAGUAGCCUGGAGGUUCUCAGGGACGAGGUGCAGCUAGUGUCCGCGCAAAGAACAGAAUUAGAGAGGAGGUCCUUGGAGCUGCGAGAAGAGAGGGCGAGGGCGAUCGCGGCCCUCGAAGAAGCCGAAGAGAGAGCAGCGGCCUUGGAACGCCUCGGUCACGAAGCAGAACACAGGGCGAGACUGGCUGAACGAGAGAGAGACGAGUUGGUCGCGACGUUGGCGGUCAUCGAGGCAGAGAGGAGAGGAAGAUCCGGCUCGAUACAGAAACCGCCGAGGUCCUUGCAGGCGGAGAUGGAGUGCGAGGAGAGCGGAAGUUCGUUGGAAGAGCAGGAGGACCUUCGGGCUGAGGUGGCGAGGGCGAUGAAGCGGUUGAAGGAACUUUGCGUCCAUCUGAGGCGAGGGGAAGACGACUCGGGGCUACAAAGCGACUGCGACGAGUCCAUGCUCGUGAUCGUGAACAACACCGCGGAAGCGGACGUGGCGGACACCAAUGGACAGGAGACUCUCCCUAACUCGAACUGUCCCGGUGCUCUGUUAGACCUGGUGGAAGAGGUGUACAACCUAACCCUCUCCGGAAGAGGAGCCCCCGGAGAGCUCGGCCUGGCAGUGGAGCUCCACAAGGUACGCGAAGAGCUGGACAACACGAAGGAUCAGUUGAAACAAGCGCAAGAGGAGUUAAAGAGGCGCGGGGAGACCCUGCUCGACACGACCAGCAAGCUCAGCGUGUGCGAAGCUGAACUCCGCGGCGUGAAAGAAGAGAGAGACAGGGCCCGCAACGACAUGGACCACUCUCAGUUGACGAAGGACGAGAUCCUGUCUCAGGCGUACCAAGUCAGGGACCAGGCGGUCGCCAGGAAGAACCGGGCAGAAGUAGAGCUUGCUAAGACGAGGAUAGACGUGCUGCAAGCCAACAGCCAACUGAUGGAAGCGAUACAACAGAAGAUCGAACUUAGUCAACAGCUCGAACAAUGGCAGAUGGACAUGCAGUCGUUGCUGGAUGAGCAGGUGCGGAGCAAACUGAUGCCUGUCACGAAUCAUAUCGCAGCGACGAAUGGAGACAACGCGGAAAUCGUGGCUCCUGCGAGGAAGAAGAGGAGCACUGGCUCGUCUAGGAAGAUGUUUGGACUGUUUUGACGAAAAUGACUGUUCGCGUGGGAGUCGUUGCGCGAAACGGAAGCUAAGAGACACCGGUGCACGGUGAGAGAUGAAGACUGUGCUCGAGAUAUUCCUCGCGUUUUUUAGCAAUAGCAGUGUAAUGGGACCAACCGUUGUAGACUGUGCGAGGGUACCUGAUGGAGAGCGUUGGGUAUGGUUAUUUGAGACAUAUGGAGUUUUAAUGGGUGGAGUUAGAAUUGAACACAAAUUCUUGUGCACUCGAUUACUCGUACUUUGACUCGUAUUAGAAGUUCUGAAACAUAGUCGUUGAGUGUAAAUGGGAAUUCGAAGAAAGUUAAGAUUGAGAGAAUUCUCGAGAGUCCACAUGUCUAGAAUCCCCGACGAUGUGCUCCCAAUACGUUUCGGGUACCCGACAGAUAACUCGCACAUCGCUGAUAGGAAUUUCAGCGGCGAACCCGCAAUAAAUCGUUCCGCGUGCAUCACUUUCCACGACGCUACUGGAGCAGACGAGUCGUAAAUAUUUCGUUCUACUUUCCAGCUGCUCGUGAAUGCAGGUCCGACGAAAAAUCUCGUUUCGUCAACGAGAUUGUGUCUUGAUCUUCCUCUGUAUAAUUUUGGCGCGGAACUAGGACUUUCUCAAAGAAAGAUUCUCGACAAUAGAUAUCUACGUUUUUAAUCUCUCCUUGAGUAAGUUGCGGAAUAUGUAGCAUACUUAAGCGCGUUCGAAACUGACACAACGAGCAUUUCUUCGUAACGUUGGAGGAAAGAAAUAGGGGACUGAAGUGUUUCAUGGUGAACGUUUCAAACAAGGUAAUGGAACGGCUCGUUAGAACGACGCCUUCUUAUAAAGAUCUCUGGAUUCUAAAUCGUUGUGAUUCUCGACGCUUCGUUUAAGCGAAACUAGCCGAUUUCCUCGUUGCUGUGACGAGAUGUAAUUACGCGGCCUAAACAGUUCGAAUCUGUUUCUUCACGGUGUAAAUAAAAUUUGUGAUAGACACGCGGUAGACUUUUAAGGGAGGUCAUUUAUCGUUGAUUGUGAUACGGAUAUUCUAUCGUUGUUAUGAUAAGGGACAGUGAUGGAAGAUGACCAAUUUUGCAUUUGAUUGACUUAAAAAUUGUUAAGUAAGAAUCAUUGUUGCAUUGUCCAAAUUUAUUUAUUAUAAUUCUUAAACCUAUUCUAGCCAUACAUGUAACAAUUGUCGAUGUUUUACAAUUUGUAGAAUGACAUAAAUUCUGUUUUGAGAUAGAUCAGACUCCACCGUUGUCGCGUGUGUUUUAACGCUUUAUUACCAGAUAUAAUAUAGUUAUGGCAGUCUGAUUCUAGAACAUCUUUUUAACUCUGCAAGAUGGGUUAUUUUCUAUCGCUGUCUUUUACAUUCUAAAUCAAAAUGCAACUCCUUCAUUUGUACAGUAGCUGAAAGUGUUAUUGUAAAGUAAUCAAUGUAACAAGCUGAAAAUAUUGUGCAAGCCUUAUUUUUA